AUGUCUGCCAUCAAGACUGUCGCUCACGCCGGUGCUGCCGGAAGUCUCGGUGUUGAAGUCCUCAAGGCUCUCAUCGAGGGUGGUUUCGAUGUUCGAGUUCUCUCUCGCCAGGCCGGCAAGGUUCCUUCUGCCUUUGCCAACCAGGUCAAGGAGGUAGUGGUUGACUACAAUGACCCUGCCUCCCUCAAGUCGGCCCUCGAAGGCGUCGAUGCUGUUGUCUCGACCCUUGGUGCUCCCGCGGUGGGCGACGCUCAGCGAGCCCUUGUUGACGCCGCCGUCGCCGCUGGAGUGCAGCGAUUCAUCCCUUCCAACUUUGGUUGCGAUCAACAAAACCCUCUUACCCGUCAGCUCCCUGUUUUUGCUGAGAAGGUCAAGACGGAAGACUACCUCGUUGAGAAGUCCACCUCGUCGCUCAGUUACACUUUCAUCUAUAACAACCUCUUCCUUGACUGGGGCUUCACCCACGGCUCCCUUGCAAACAUCAAGGAAAAGAAGGUUACACUUUACAACGGAGGCGACCUGCCAGUCAGCGUGACUCGAUUGGCUACAGUUGGGAAGGGUGUUGUUGGCGUUCUCAAGAACCCCGAGGCUACAAAGAACCGCUCUGUCAAGAUUGAGGAUGGUAAGAUCUCGUUCAAGACCAUCGCAGCAAUUGCGAAAGAGGCUGUUCCAGGCGAGUGGACUAUCGAUGAGAAGGACACGGAUGUCCUCAAGGAGACAGCCGACAAGGCUCUGGCCGCUGGUACCUUUGACGACUGGGUUUGGUUCUUCUAUAUUCUCCAGGGCGGCACCAACGCCAAGUAUGGACCCAGCUUUGAGAACAUUGACAACGAGGUUCUGGGUCUUGCGAGACUCUCGGAUGAGGAGCUGCAGGCCUUGUCUAAGGAGCUUAUUAUCAAGGCUUCCAGUGCAUGA